AUGGAGCGAUCAGAACUGUUCAACGGCACUGUGGAUUCAACGUUGAGUUAUUACUUCUGUGUAGAGGCCACCACGGCUCAGGUCCUACGCCCCCUGGAGGAUGAGCUGGACUUCGCGCUGGGCAAGCAGACGCCCGCCUUCCUGCGCAAGUGCGUGUGCUACAUCCGCAAGAUCGCCGCCUUCGAGCGCUUCGCCAAGCUGCCGGAGAUGGCGCGCUACAUGGACACGGUGCCGGGGCCCGAGCGCGUCAUGAGGAACCAAGAGGCCCACGAGCGGCUGCUGAAGGUGCGGGACGAGUUCAUCCCCACGGUGGUGGCGGCGUCCAAGCUGCGCGUGUACUCCUCCGUCACGCACUGCGACAUGAAGCUGGGCUACUCGCAGGAGGUGGAGAGCCACUACGUGGAGGGCCUGUGCAAGCAGUUCUACGAGGACAUGGUGGACAUCAUCCAGGCCACCGUGCAGCAGAACCUGGACGCCGAGACGGAGCCGCUGUACGACGAGCUGCUACAGCACACCUCGCUGUGCCAGACGCACGCUGCCCUGUACCAGCACCGCAGCGAGCCCCUGGACGGCGUGCUGGACUACCUGCUGCCCGCCCAGGGGGGCCGCAUGAGCCCCCUGGUGGUGCACGGCGGGCCCUGCACCGGGAAGACCCUGCUGCUGGCCGAGGUGGCCAGGCAGGCCUACUCCUGGCUGCAGACAGAGAUGGGCCCUGAGACUGACCCGGUGGUCAUCGUCCGCUUCAUCGGCUCCACCCAGGUCUCCAUGGACCUCCGCACCCUCUUGCAGAGUAUCUGCGAGCAGAUCGCCAUCAACUACCGAUGCCUGAUCCACUUCCUGCCCACCAAGAUCCAGGAGAUGAGGGAGCUCCUGGUCAACCUCCUGGCCGAGGCCUCCUUCCAUCGGCCGCUGGUGAUCAUCCUGGACGCCCUGGAGCAGCUCUCUGAUGCUGAAGAGGCCCGCAAGCUGUGGUGGUUCCCCGCCCACCUGCCGAGGACGGUGCGCGUCGUGGUCUCCACCUUGCCCAACAAGCACGGCAUCCUGCAGAAGCUCAGGCACCUCAUCCACGACGAAGGGCGCUACGUGGAGCUCAUCCAGCGGGAUCGGAAGGUCUGCAGCCAGACGCUCAAGCAGCAGCUGCUCAGGGUGAGGAGGAAAGUCACGUCGGGGCAGCAGAUCUACGUCAACGAGGCCCUCGCCAAGUGCACCUUACCCAUGUUCGUCAACCUCAUCUACAGAGAGGUGGUCCACUGGAGGUCCCACAAGGACGUGGAUGACAGGUCCCUGUGCUCCACGGUGCACGAGAGCAUCGAGAAGCUCUUCUACUCUGUCGAGAACAAGCUGGGCCAGCGAUUCGUCUUCAGAGCGCUGGGCUACAUCACCAUGGCCAAGGCAGGGCUAACGGAGCUGGAGCUUGAAGACAUUCUUUCACUGGACAACAUCGUCCUCGGCGACGUCAUCGUGGCAUCGUACCUCAAGAACCCCCUGAGGAUCUCCUACGACCUGAUUGCCAGGAUCAGAGAGGAGCUGGAGGGAUACCUGGUGGAGCGGCAGGUGCGAAACGUCACGCUCAUGGUCUGGGCCAACCGGCACCUCCACCUCAUCGCUCAGAAGCUGUACCUCAGCAACGAGGAGGACGUCCAUCAGAUGCACAGUCUCCUCGCAGAGUACUUCCUGGGGGCGUGGUCGGGAGGCAGGAAGAAGAUCUUCACCUACGACAACAACCACUUUACUUCCCUGAACAUUUCGCAUCACAAGAACCCACACCAACAGCCGUCCCAUGAGAAAACGUCCUCGGACAAAUACUCCUAUGACAGGCAGACCCCAGAGCAGCCUUGGGUGUUCCAGUGCAACCUCCUAGAGCCGGACAUCUUCUUCGUCAACCACAGGAAGAUGACGGAGCUGGUCUACCACCUCAGCAGGAGCGGCCGCACAGAUGACCUCAUGUUCGGGGUGAUCAUGAACUUCAGCUGGCUCUACACCAUGAUCAAAAUUGGUCAGUUUGAAAAGGCCCUCACAGACAUCGACCUGGCCUACAGUUACUCUCAAGAGAAGGAGCUCAAGUUCUUGGCCACUACUCUCCGUAGCGUUAAGUUGAAAGUGAUGAAGAGCCCUGCUUCUUUGUCCGCCGAGCUGCAGCAAAGACUCCUGCCGGUGGUCACCUCUCUUCCAAAGCUAAGACACCUUCUGCUGGAGUGUGACAAAGAUGGCCCCAAGUACUGCUCCAUUGUGCCGCUGCAUUCCUCAAUGGACGUCACCUACAGUCCGGAGAGACUUCCCCUCUGCUCCAGCUACAUGCAGAUCGUCGAGAUCCUGCCCACCCUCGCCCCAAACAUUGUUCUGGUAGCCUUGGAGGAUGGGUCCAUAAGCACCUGGGACGUGGAGAGCAGACAACUCCUGAGACAGAUCGACACAGCCAGAUCUGUGGUGCUUGGCAUCCGGCUAACCACGGAUGAGAAGUACCUGGUAGUAGCCACAACCAAAAACACAUUGCUCAUCUAUGAUAAUCACAAGUCCUGCCUUCUGUCUGAGGUUGAAAUCAAGGGGUCCAAGCAUGGCGGUGUUGCUGGUGACGUGGCGUUCAUUAAUGGUUUCACCUUGUCCAGCCAUCAUGCCUUGGCCUGGCUUGAGGCCAGCAAAGAGGUCAAUGUAAUUGACCUGCUUUACGGUUGGCCGCUCUACCAGUUCCAUUGCUGGUAUGAGGUCACCUGUGUGCAAUGCUCUCCCGAUGGGAUGUAUGCCUUCUGUGGUCAGUACCUUAACAGUGCGACCAUCUUUCAUCUAGGGAACGGCGAUAAGUUAGCCACAGUGACAUCUGAGUUUUCCGGGGGCUUUGUCAAGUCCAUCCUUGUUCUAGACACCAUCAACCAGAUGGUGAUGGUUGACAACGAAGGCAGUCUUUCGGUUUGGAACACCAAAGACAUCAAUAACCCAAGGUUGAUGGAGGAUUACGAUUGCCGAGGGGAUGAGAGCGAAGUGGUGAGCAUUGAGUUGUCUGAGGACCAGCGCUCGAUUCUCAUCUGCAAGUCCAUGAGCAUUGAGGUUCUGGACACCAAGCUAUGGAAAAUGGUGGAGAAGUUCAAAGCCAAACGUACAGAGCUUUUUGUGGCCGCUGUUCUCUCCAAGAACGGCCAGAGCAUCGUGGCCUCCAUGGAGAACACCUCCUCCAUCUUUGUGUGGCGGAGAGACAGUGGACAAUGCAUGGCCAGUUUGAUUGAGAUCUCGGGGGCUAUUGUCAAACUAAUAAAGUCCACCCACCACAAUCUGCUCCUCUCUGUAGCCAGUAGCGGAGUGCUCUCGGUCUGGGACAUUGAUAUCAUCACAGCUAUGUCCAACAUCGAUAAAACAGGAAAGAAGAUCCAGACACUGCAGUUGUCCGGCAGGGAAGACUAUGUGUUUACCAUGGAUGGUUCAGAGGCAAUCCACAAGUGGAACUUCAACACAGGCUUCAUCGAAACCAUCUUCAAGCACGAGGGCAUCGUGGAGAACUGUGUCCUGACCUCCUCAGGGGAUCUCAUGGUUACCUCAGAUGACAAGUGCUGCCAGUACAUUUGGCAAACCGGCACCGGAGAGAAUAUCUUCCGCAUCAAUGGGCAGAGGAUAUCUCAGCUCCUGAUCACCCACAACGACCAGUUUGUUGUGUCCCUCUGCGAGCAGAACGCCUCCAGGGUCUGGAGGUUGGCCACCGGGCAUAAGGUGUGCAACAUCUUAGUCACCCUCCAGAAUGCACUGAUCACCACUGCCAACACUUUCCUUGUGGGAACAACGAAGAACAAACUCCUGGCCGUAAGCCUCUGGUCAGGCAGCGUGUCAAAGAAGUUCGUCUGCGACGAUGGCAUCACCAUUAUCAACUUCAAGCUCAUUCCCGACUGUCCUGAUUGUGUGGUGUUCAUAACAUCUACAGAGACCGUCUUCAUUUGGAGCGUGGCGGACGAAUCUGUCUGCAGGAGGGUCCAGUUGCCGACCAACUUCCUUAAGAACCUAGAAGACUUCCAGAUUUCACCCAAUGGGAAAUUAGGUAUCGUCUCCAAGGGCGACGAAAACAUCAACGUCCUGGACCUUCACAGUGGGAAGCUGAGACUGGUCCACGCCUCUGGCAUGAUAUGGCGACAGAAGCUCUCCCGAGACGGCCGAUACCUGGUGUACAUCUGCUUCCACAACAGUGACGAAGACGACGAGGCUGGCGUGGUCUCCAACCUGAUCGUGAUGCGCUUGGCCGACGGUAAAAGCAUCGGCACGUGUUCGCUUUACAAGACACCCACCUAUCUCUGCCUUUCCCAGCGAGCGCUCAACAUAAUCAUCGGCUUCGAGGACGGCAGCAUUGGCACGUACACGGUGGUGGACCGUGUGGACGCUGCGCUCAAGAUCAAGAUCGCCACCUCUAACAGCCGACAGAUAGUCAACAACGCCUCGCAGAAAGUGCGCCCCAAGUGCGGAAACCACUCUUUUAAGACGAUCGCUGACUGCAUCUGGAGGGAGUCCACAGAGAUCUUCUCGAGGGACAGUCCUAUCAACGUGUCAGACUCUGGCGAGGCCGAGACCAUAGCUCCCUCCAAGAAGAGCGAGUUGCUGCAGUGAAGAGAUGGUUAAUGGCGAGGGAUGUGAUUAAUGUGAAGGUCGAUGGAGUUGUAGGGUUCCCUGUUUACAGCCAAGUAUGUCCGCUGCAGAUUUUCAGCCCGCUGGGUAGUUUCUAGGUUGAACACAAUUACCGCUGCAUUUGUCAUAUAUUGCUUGACUUCCAACUUGAUGUAAUUAUAUUAUUUUAUGUGUUACACUUGAAGACUGUUCAAUUAAAUCUUGGGGUUUUUUGUUUGUAUCUUUUGAAAAAAAAAAAUAUUGUUUGUGGUAUUCGUUUGCCAUUUUGUGCCCUUUCAGCAUUUGAAGUUAUGAUUCAAAUGUCGUGGCUAAACAUGUCCAAAGCCAUUCCAGUGAAUUCCACCAUUCUACUUUGAACAUUUUGAUCUAGUUCACAUUGUGCACAUUAAGCCAUAAUGUGGUAACCACAGGUAUAUUUAAGUUUGUAUGUUUGUAUUUACAUCAGUUGGUAUGGUAAAAAAAAGAAGAACAAUGAAUACUUGUACAUAUCUUUUAAUGGCUGCUGCAGUUUUGUGCAACUCCUUAAAAUUGUUAUGUUCUGCUUAAUGCAAUCAAAGUGAGUGCCUGGAAUACAAAUGUUAUAUUAUGUGCAUAUUAGAUUACAAGAAUUAUGAAAAUGCAGGGAAUUUGUAAACACAACAUACACAAAACCUACACAGAACAAAAUACAUGGUUCAUCAUGGUAAAAUUAUAACCGAAAUGAUCAUUAUAUUGAAAAAUUAUUCCAAUUGUGUCAAUGGAUUUUUUUUCCUAUGAUCAUUAUCGAUUAAUUAUUUGCUUACAUUUACAUAUGAAAGUGGAGGUACCUGCAUUUUCCAAGGCUAUGAAUAACCGUAUGGUAGAGUUUACAGAGCAUACUACAUAUGCAUAUAACCAGUGUUCUUACUUUAGAACAAGCGUUGAGUUGGGCUUGGUAUUAAACAUAUUAAGUAGAAGAAGUCCGAUUAUUGUCUUAUAUAUCUUAGCCACAAUCCAUUAAAUCAGUCACAAAAAGUUGACUUUAUGAAGACUUUAACAUCACAUGAAAUAGAAAAUGUCCUAGAAAAAAAGUGUGAAGGGAUAAAAGGCUCUCUCUCUCUCUCUCUCUCUUACACACACACACUUACUACAUCGACAGCUUUAAACAUCCACAUGUGUAGAAAUAAGCACUUAAAAUGUCAUGAAUUGGCAUGAAAAAAAUGCUCAAAUAAAGGUUUAUUGUGACAACAUUUGUGGAGUUGGUCAUGAUCGCUGGAGCUGUAUCUUGCUAGUACUAGCAUGUUUGCUAGCUUGUUUUGGUGGUUUAGUUCUACAUCGAUAAAUAUUCAUCAUCAUACAUUACGAGUUCCUAUUCAUAUAUAAAAAACGAAACUUCUCCCAUCAAGGAUAUGAAAUCACAAAAAAAUCUGAACCUGUCGCACUUUUACAUGUAAUGUUAAAGGGCUAAUCUGUCUUAUAUUGUACGCUUACCUCUGUUGUUUCCUCUGGCCCACUUUUGAUCUUUUGAGAACUGUAGCAUUAUUGAGCUUUAAAACGACUUAAUUCAUUUUCAAAAUCCACAUUUUAUAAAUUGAGAAAUAUCAUUCCACGUAUUUGCCAAAGUUGUCUUUUAAGUUUCGUGUUUUGAUUGGUUGACGGAUGUUGGAUUUGCUUUGAAGGCCUGUCUCAGUGUCACCGCGUGGUGACGUUUAAAACAAAUAUGAUAAGUGAUAAGUUUAUCUGAGUCACCAUAAAAUAUAUUGGAAUGCCAACUGAAGAGUAUAUUUGAAUGUGUCCAUACGAAAGUCACGCUAUUACUGUAUGUUAUGUAACUUGAAUGACUUUAUAACUUCAAUGUUUGCGACUCCUGGUUGACAUACUGGUAAUGAAUGUUUCUAUAGUAUUCUUUGUAUUGUCCAGACUGAUCUACCUGUUUAGAGAUUUAUAUUUUCAUAAAUGUUGUACCUACAUUUUGUUACAAAGUUGUUUAACUGGAAUUCUGACAGAAAUGAAAAACGUAGUUACAAAGCAAUAUGAACUAGUGUGUAUGCAUUGUUUGUAUGAAGCCUUUUAACAUAAUAAAAUGGUUAAUUUCCUUGCCUCCAGGACUUGCCUGAUUGUAGAGCCUGCUAACAACAGAGCCUGUGAGCAAGGCACAGUGGACAACCCCUGGCCAUGCUGAGUCAGUGUGUGGGCACCGUAGCUGACCUUUGACCUUGUACUUUUGUCUAGUCUCCCCUCCGGGCUCAUUCGUCUCUGAACAUCCUUUAUAUGGAGUGGAUUUACUCCUACAAAACGGCCCUUCUGAUAAUACUGAUUUCUUUUUUGGAAAAUAAAUAACUAACACAUAACGUUACAACAGCACUACCAAAACGUUACUACAGCACUUACAUAACAUUACUACAACACUAACAACAUUACCUCAGCACCAACAUAACGUUACUACAGCAUUAACAUAACGUUACUACAGCACCAACAUAACGUUACUACAGCACUAACAUAACGUUACCUCAGCACCAACAUAACGUUAUUACAGCACUAACAUAACGUUACUACGGCACCAACAUAACGUUACUACAGCACUAACAUUAACGUUACUCCAGCACCAACAUAAUGUUACUACAGCACUAACAUUAACGUUACUCCAGCACCAACAUAACGUUACUACGGCACCAACAUAACGUUACUACGGCACUAACAUAACGUUACAGCAGCACUAACAUAAUGUUACUACAGCACUAACAUAACGUUACUCCAGCACCAACAUAACGUUACUACGGCACCAACAUAACGUUACUACGGCACUAACAUAACGUUACAGCAGCACUAACAUAAUGUUACUACAGCACUAACAUAACGUUACUACAGCACUAACAUAACGUUACUACAGCACUAACAUAACGUUACUACGGCACCAACAUAACGUUUCUACGGCACUAACAUAACGUUACUACGGCACUGACAUAACGUUACUACGGCACCAACAUAACGUUACUACGGCACCAACAUAACGUUACUACAGCCCUAACAUAACGUUACUAGGGCACCAACAUAACGUUACUACGGCGCUAACAUAACGUUACUACAGCACUAACAUAACGUUACAGCAGCACUAACAUAAUGUUACUACAGCACUAACAUAACGUUACUACAGCACUAACAUAACGUUACUACAGCACUAACAUAACGUUACUACGGCACUAACAUAACGUUACAGCAGCACUAACAUAAUGUUACUACAGCACUAACAUAACGUUACUACAGCACUAACAUAACGUUACUACAGCACUAACAUAACGUUACUACGGCACCAACAUAACGUUUCUACGGCACUAACAUAACGUUACUACGGCACUGACAUAACGUUACUACGGCACCAACAUAACGUUACUACGGCACCAACAUAACGUUACUACAGCCCUAACAUAACGUUACUAGGGCACCAACAUAACGUUACUACGGCGCUAACAUAACGUUACUACAGCACUAACAUAACGUUACUACGGCACCAACAUAACGUUACUACGGCACUACAAUAACGUUACUACGGAACCAACAUAAUGUUACUACGGCACUAACAUAACGUUACUACAGCACUAACAUAACGUUACUACAGCACUAAUAUAACGUUACUACAGCUUUAACAUAACGUUACUAGGGCAUCAACAUAACGUUACUACGGCACCAACAUAACGUUACUACGGCACUAACAUAACGUUACUACGGCACUUACAUAACACUACGGCACUAACAUAACACUACGGCACCAACAUAACGUUGCUUCGGCACCAACAUAACGUUACUACGGCCCUAACAUAACGUUACUGCAGCACUAACAUAACGUUACUACAGCUCUAACAUAACGUUACUACGGCACCAACAUAACGUUACUACAGCCCUAACAUAACGUUACUACAGCAGUAACAUAACGUUACUACGGCACCAACAUAACGUUACAACGGCAUAAACAUAACGGUACUAGGGCACUAACAUAACGUUACUAGGGCACCAACAUAACGAUACUACGGCACUAACAUAACGUUACUACACCACUAACAUAACGUUACUACGGCACCAACAUAACGUUACUAGGGCACUAACAUAAUGUUACUAGGGCACCAACAUAACGUUACUACGGCACUAACAUAACGUUACUACGGCACUAACAUGACGUUACUACGGCACUAACAUGACGUUACUACAGCACUAACAUAACGUUAAUACGGCACUAACAUAACGUUAAUACGGCACUAACAUAACGUUACUACGGCACCAACAUAACAUUACUACAGCCCUAACAUAACGUUACAACGGCACCAACAUAACGUUAAUGCAGCACCAACAUAACAUUACUAUCGCACUAACAUAACGUUAAUGCAGCACCAACAAAACAUUACUAUGGCACUAACAUAACGUUACUACGGCACUAACACAAUGUUACUACAGCACUAACACAACGUUACUACAUUACUCACACAUAAAGUUACUUCAGCUCUAACAUAACGUUACUACAGCACUAACAUAACGUUACUACAGCUCUAACAUAACGUUAAUACAGCACUAAC